GCAGUUGGAUUUCGCAUUCCCGACGCGGCGCUUCGAAGCUGCCCCUCCGCGUCGCCACGUGCGCGCGCUGCGCUCUUAUCCUACAUCCCAUAUCUUUAUAGUCGAACGAUUUUUAUUUUUUAUUUAUAUUUCAAAUCAGCGAAUCCCAUCGCUCGUGCUUGCCCCGUGUACGGUAAUCUAGGGUCCUUUGAAAUUCAAGUGCGCGGAAGUUCCAGUUGGCGGGAAAGUUCGAAAAGAUCGGCAAUGUUACCGUCGGUAGUAGCAGCGGCAGCGGAAAUGCAGCAAUGGCAGAAGCAGCACGAUCGGAAGCCGGCCACGGCUGAUCCUUGUCGGCUGGCCGAGGAGCCGCUACUGGAAAUGCCAAACGCCGAGUGAGCACGUGACACACGGCCGGCCGACCAGCAGCAGUGUUGAGAAUCGACGAAGCUUGGCAGGCAAGCCCGGCGUCCUUGAAACCCUAGCCAGCUCUUCGCUGCAGUAAAGCCACUUGACAACACGAGCCAUCCCUCCAGUAUCAGCAUGUCCCGGCUGUGCUGCUACUGGCUCUGCUGCUACUCGGAGAGUCGCGGUCCGGAGGACAGUCCCACGGACUCGACGAGCGGAGACGAAGCCGGUAACGGCAGCCUCACUCUCACCUCGGCCAUGUCCGCUCUGCUCUCGCUGCUCGUCGUGACCGUCGCCGUGUCCACUGGCCAGUGGCUUCACACCGAGGAGAAACUUCCUCGGCUACUGGUCAACCAGCAGCAGCAGCAACAGCAACAGCAACAACAGAACGCGGCCCAACAGCCGAGCAACGCCAGCGACAUCAAGCUCACCUACAGCGGACUCUGGCGCGUCUGCGUUGCUUUCGGCUCGAAUAUGGAGUACGAGUGCUCGACUAUCGAUUACUUCCCGAAAGAAGAGUACAGUCCGGAUCCCAGCGACUCGACCAUGGCAAUACCCUAUGCGGUGACCAAGUCAGCCGUCUUUCUACUGAGCGCAACGGUGCUACUGGCGAUGGCGGAGGUCUGCUACUUCGUGGGACUACUGGCGAGGCCCAGGCCGACCCUCUGUGUCUUCAUCGCCGGUGUCAUCUUCAUCGUUUCUGGUCUGCUGAUGCUCGUCGGCAUGGUCAUGUACAUCUCCGUGUUCAAAGCCGAGGUGGGCAGCAAGCUGCGGCCUCGAUCGUCCUUUCAAGGUCCGCCCUUCGUCUACCGCUACGGCUAUUCGUUUUUACUGUACGUCAGCGGCUUCAUCACCACCGAGUUCGCCGGCACCACGGCCAUCUUCCUCCACAUAUCCUGGCAGCAGCUCGAGCUCGCCCGCGAAAUCUCCAAGCGCAAGUAUCCCAGCCGGUACGCUUACCAUCUGGACAACCACCACGUGCACACGGCCGCCCACGCAAACAACGUCUACGGCGCUGGCUUUCACCUCUGCGAGCGUCACCAGAAGAGGUACCUCUACGACGAGACGCAUCCCGAGGUCCUCGAUCCUCACCAUCACCAUCACCAUCACCAUCAUCAUCACCAUCUCGACUCUUACGAAGAGUAUCUGCCCACGCCGUCGGAGUGCAAUCAUUACCAUCAGGGCAUGACCCACGACCUCACCACCGAAACGGUGAGCACAAUAGCGGACGUGCUGCAGGACGAGUACGCUCUAGGAAUGCAGCACGAGUUCGUGACCUUUGAUCUCGGCGAGAACUUGCCCCCGCUCCCGGAGACUGUGAGAAACAGUGGAUGGAAAUCGAACUCGUUCAAGAAAACUACGCCGGUCUGAUAUACCGUCAGGUACGCGAGACUAGUGCAAAUUGUCCCAUCCAGUGAUGUCGAAUCCGAGUGCGAGGCCGAAGCCAAACGGAAGGAGAGCAAACAGGAGGACGACAAGGACGAUAGCGAGUCCGUCGAAAAUUUCAACUCCGACGAGCAGGACGAGAAAAGCUUAUUGCUAGACAAUCAGUGAAGCGUAUAUGCGUUGCGCUGAUGCAAAUAAGUGUACACGCGCGAGACGCGAUGAGUUACUAUGUAUGGAGUGGAGAAGUGGCAAGGGGUUGAAACUAUGUGUAUCAUUCGAUGCUAUUAUAUCAAUUAUAUAUUAUAUAUAAGAGACACGUGUGUAAGCGACACGAUAAACUCGAUCUGUGCCUCCUCGAGACGUAUAUGAUAAAUUAUACAUGUGUUAUAUAUCGACGAUACGACUUUUCCUUCGUUAUAUAUAUAUAUAUAUAUAUAUAUAUAUAUAUAUAUAUAUUCGAUGUGUUUACAGAAAUGCACGUCGUUUUUAUCGUUAUACAUAUAUACUAUACGAUACAUAUGAAUAAACGGAUUAUAGAUUAGGCAAAAGUUAAAUCGAUGGACCACUUGACAGACGGUGCGCGUUUGUAAAAGCUCAAAGUUCGAAUCACCUGCUGCAGCGCGAGGCCCAAUGAAAUUGGGCCUGUCAACUCGAAAGCGGUGAUUUUUUUAUUGAAAGUAUAAUCACAGACGUUUUUUUACCCAAGAUUUUUCCCAUCAGCCGAUGGACUGCGACGUAUUUUCUAACGUAGUUCUGCCCGCGUCGUGUAAAACGCUUGCUUGUAUAUCGACUCGAGAUAUAGAUGAGAGAAAGGAAGAGAGAGAGAGAGAGAGAGAGAGAGAGACGUUUGUAAAAAUAAUAAGGCGGACACACAGAGGCGUAAAGAUUGUAUAUGCUGUUUAUGACACAAAUAAUACCAGAAGAAAAUGUAAACAAAUUCUUUCUCAUUAUUUACAGAUUAAAAACUAGCGUUCGUGUAAAAAGACAA